GUAACAUCAACAGUGAGGACAGACCAAGCCUGCCUCUAUCCUUCCACAAUGAGUCCAAACCUAUGGUCACUGGGUCCUGAUUGUGACAGUGGAGCCCAGUUUGCACCGCAGGAUCCAGAGAUGGCAUCAGUGAAGCUGGAAGACUGCAGUCAAACACUGGAGCUGAAUGUCAUCAUUAAAGAUGAAGAAGAAGAGGAGAAGAUUGGGAAAUCUGUUUCUCAUGGAGACCAUGUUGAGACAUUCCCUACAUCCAGACAGCAACAGCAGGAAGAUCACAGAGCUAAGAGGUCUCACCACUGCCCACAUUGUGAGGAGAUUUUUCCAAUUCUAUCAAAGCUAAAAACACACCUAAAAAUACACACAGGAGAGAAUCCGUAUUCCUGUACUGACUGUGGGAAGAGAUUCACAACAUCAGGGGUUCUGACAGUUCAUCYGAGAGUGCACACUGGAGAGAAGCCUUACUUCUGCUCUGACUGUGGAAAGAGUUUCUCUAAACAGAACAACUUAAAAUAUCACCAGCGAAUACAUACAGGAGAGAAGCUUUACUCCUGCUCUGACUGUGGGGCGAGUUUCUCUCGACUCAAUACCUUAAAAACACACCAACUUAUACAUACAGGUGAGAAGCCUUACUCUUGUUCUGACUGUGGGAAGAGUUUCUCUGUAAUGGGCAACUUAAAAACACAUGAACGUAUACAUACAGGAGUGAAGCCUUACUCCUGCUCUGACUGUGGAAAGAUUUUCUCUCAACUGGGCCACUUAAAAAGACAUGACAUAUACAUACAGGAGUGAAACUUACUACUGCUCUGAUUGUGGAAAAUGCUUCAAACAUCAAUCAUCUUAAAGUUCAUCAGAGUAACACACAGAAGAGAGCCUUACCUGCUCUGACUGUGGGAAGAGUUUCUCUCGACGGGGCCUCUUAAAACACAUGAACUUAUACAUACAGGAGUGAAGCCUUACUCCUGCUCUGACUGCGGAAAAUGUUUC